AUGAGUAUGGACGCAGGCGGUCUUGCUCAUAUGUCCUACAACAACUUCCCUUCCAGCAACGGACUGGGCUUGCCCAGCUCCGGCUUUGCUUCUAGACGGGCAAACGGCACGAACAUCAAGCGUCUCUCGUUCGAGCCCACCAAGCCAUCCGACCCUCUGGAUAACGGGGCUCCAACCCCUCGCACCUCGAGAUCUCACCUGCUUGCCGGUUUGAGAACUGCUCCCAAGUCAGCGACGUCGAGCGCCUUCCCCUCCACCGCUCCGCCCACCACACUGCAGCAUCCGAACGGACUUGGACAGAGCAUUUAUGCCGACCGGGAAACAUAUGGCGGCCCAAAGACAUCCAGUUAUCUCGCUCCGAAUAACUUCGGACAGAUGAACCGCCAAAUGUACUCAGUCCCCGAACAGAUUCUCGCGCCGCCCGAGAUCCUCAUUGAUGAGCACGGCCAAGAACAGAUGGACCCGAACCUGUACGCUCAGCUGGUAGCUACUAACAUGUACCUUGCUGAGCAGCAACAACGUCUGCAGCAGCAGCUCAUCAACGUCCAGGCCGCCGCACAGCAAUUCCAGGGCAUGAACUUGGGUAUGGGCAACCAGAUGCAGCAGUUUGCUACGCCACCGGUCACUCCUCAAAACAUGUACCAGCAGCAACAGGUCAAGAACAACAACGUGCAACCCAUCAUCACCCCAGUGAUGGGCGCUCAAUCUGGAAUCUACUCGUACUACAACCCCAUGACCGGACAGCAGAGCUACUUCAUGGACAACAGCGCGCAGCAGAACCUGUACAUGGACUCGCAGCCCGGGCUGCCAUCUCUAAAUUACUCGCCGCCUCAGCAGCCCGGCACCCCACGGUUCCAGGUCUCGCCGCCUCCGCAGUCGGACAGCCAAACAUUCACCCGAAGCAUCAGCCCCCCCAAGAAAGCCCCAACCCCGCCACAAGACCAUGCUCCGUUGCCCCCGCCUUCUGCCGGUGCUUUCCGUCGUGGACACCGCAAGGUUAACUCUAUGGCUUUCGUGUCCGACAAUUCCAUCCCUGAGGGCCCAAAAUCUGCGGUCUUGCCCAAGACCGCCAGCUUCCCGCUGACCCCAAGUACUGCUGGUUUUGGUCCGGGACAAGCUCGCGCUGGUGAGCACCCAAUCCGUCAACCUCGUGGGCCCCCCUCAUUGGACGAGUUGAUUGCGAAGCCGACCACCAAAUUCGAGGGCAGCAAGAACUUCGCUGCUCGCACUCGCCGAAAUGCUGUGCAUAAUCUUGUUCGCGCCGGAAUGGAACGUCGCAGGGCGCCUGGCAGCUCUGGUAGCAUGUCUCCCGCCUCUGAGACCGGCGAAAUUACGUUCUCGGUCUCUUCGGACAAUGAUUCAGACAGUGGUCGCAGUGGGAGUGGAAGCCUUUCCGGUCGACCCAGUCUUGGUGGUUCGCGCACCUCGGUUCACGGUGCUAUCGGUUCCGAUCGCCCAUCCUCCCGUCAAAAGGAGCACUCAAUUGAGCGGAAGAAGUCAAUGUCCACGGACAGCAACUUUACCACCGCGAGCGUCAGCAGCGAAGAAGGGCUGUCGGUUGGUGGCAGCUUUGCCGCAGUCUUCAAGAACGGUGGCAAGAAGCCCGAGGCGAACGAGGUCCAGCGGAAGGCUCCUAUGCUGGUGCUCACCUCGGCCGAGAAGCGCAAGAGUUCAGUUUUCUGA